AUGUUUACUCAACUAGAAGGGGGGUAUAUUGCUGUUAUCCAAAAAUAUCCAUAUGUUGAUGGAGAUGAUCGUUUAUGGUUAAAAUUAGGAAAGGAAUAUACUAUUAGUAAAGAAAAGUCAUCAAACGUUAUUGUAAAUAUAAAAUCAAAAUGGGAACUUAUUGCCUUUAGCCAAAACGCUAUUAUUUCUGGUAAUGGAUUAAUUAUAGUUAAUGGAAAAGAAUAUAAUGGAACAGCUGAAUUAAAUGAUAAUGACAUAUUCAAAUUAGAAGAUAUUUGUUUUCAAUUCUCAAUGAAAAUUCAUUCAUUAACUAUCCCACAGAUUCAAUAUCCUGAUUUAUUAUUAUUUGAACUACAAAGAAAAUACCCUUCUGAAACUUGGCUUGAACAAAUUAACUCAAAUGACUUAUUAAAUUCAAUAAAUAGUAAUAUACCAAAGUUAUCAAUUCAAUCAACUCAAAUCAUUCAACACCUUUUAAAUGAUAUUUUCAUCACUCAGAUUGAUUACAACCAACUUAAGAAAUUAAAAGAAUAUUACGAAGUUCAAAAAAUAAAGAACGUUGAUUCUUUUACUUUAACUAAUCCUAUCCAAUCUGAUUCUAAGCAUCAACAAUCUGAAAAACUCCUUUCAAUUGCAGAAACAGAUCAAUUUCAAUCAAAUCCUCCUUCAUCUGAUUCAUCAAAAUCAAAAGAAAGUACUAAACCUUUCUUACAAAAAAAAUUAAAACAUACUAAAAACUCCAAACAUCAUCAUAAAGAUAAGAAAAUCCAAUUUAACCCCAUUUUUAAAUCUUCUCCAAAACACUUCUCUCAAUUACUUUCUUCUUCUACAUCUAGUUCUAUUUCAAAGCCAAUAGAAAUCCCAUCAGAUCCUAAUGAAAAAAGUCCUUCUGAAUUACCUAAACCUCGGAAGUUAGUUCGUAGUUUUGAAUUAUCAAAAAAAGUUAUUGAACAAAAUGAAAGACCUCAAAUACAAACUCCAUUUGAAGAAGAUGAUAUUGAUCUCUCUGCUGUAUUACAAUUACUUGAUUCUGGAUCUCAAAAACAACAAGAGAAAUAA